CGGAGUAUCUGUUCGGACACCCUGCCGACGCCACUUGAAGCCGGAGGAGGGAACAGGGUGGACGCUUAAAGGCUGACAAACACUUGAGUAAACGGGGGACGUGAGGAAUUUGAAUUGGCGUCCACGCGGCAGAAGAGCUCGCUAACUGAACCCUCGGUGGAAGAAAGAAAGACAGAAAGCCAGUCACUACGCGCUUUUGUGUAUUCAUGCCAUGGCCUUGUGACCUGCAUUGUUUAUCUCCUGUGGACUGAAUUCAGGGCAUUUCUUUUAUAUGAGUUAACUAUUCCUAUUUGUACUUCACUCCCAACGCAAUAAGCGCAACAAACAAUGUUAGCAAAUAGCGCAACAGGCUAAUGUUAGCAAAUAGCGGAGCACAGUGUUGUUGUUGUCCUGGUUGGUGCGUUCGUAACUGGCUGAUAGUGACCGAUCACCUUAGCUUCUUGUCACAGCAGAUUUAGUUGAGCAAUAGUUCGACUGACAGCUGACCUUGUUGGUGUUAGGUUGCGUAGUUUGUUUGCAAAUGUUGAGAGCAGCUAACUUGGUAGCAUGUUGGUAAAAUUGUAACUCGUAAGCUUCAUUCUGAUCUUGUGAUACUUAUGUUAUAUAUUUGAUUUCAACUCCUUUUUACCCUUUUAAUGUAAGUUUCACAUGUCGUAAAUUCAAGGGGUUACUUGACAGUUUCAAGCUGAAUUUGGUGGCUUGUGUACGUUUGGAGUUAUGAAUUAAAGUAGCCAAUUACAGUGGUAGUGUACACAGUGUUCGAGAAGAGUCAAACAAAGAGAGAAGGGUCCCUCAGAGGGUCCCAUUGUGUUUUAGAGUGAGCCACCCCCUACUACUUGCCAAUGCUGGAUCUUGAAGUGGUGCCUGAGCGAUCACUUGGAAAUGAGCAAUGGGAAUUUGCCCUCGGCAUGCCUUUGGCCCAGGCCAUCUCAAUUCUCCAGAAACAAUGCCGCAUAAUCAAAAAUGUCCAGGUGCUUUACAGUGAACAGACACCACUCAGCCAUGACCUCAUACUGAACUUGACUCAGGAUGGUAUUAAACUGCUGUUUGAUGCCACAAAUCAGAGACUCAAGGUGAUUGAAGUGUAUGACCUAAGCAAAGUGAAACUGAAAUACUGUGGCGUCCAUUUCAAUUCUCAAGCCAUUGCCCCCACUAUAGAACAAAUAGACCAGUCGUUUGGAGCGACCCACCCUGGAGUUUACAAUGCAGCUGAGCAGUUGUUCCAUCUCAACUUUCGAGGCCUGUCGUUCUCUUUCCAACUUGACUCUUGGAACGAGGCUCCAAAAUAUGAGAUUCCGCAUGGGGCCAUGGUCAAGAGGAUGCACAUCUAUACUGGCAACAACCUGCAAGAAACAAAAGCUCCAGCGAUGCCAUUGGCCUGUUUCUUUGGUAACAUCUUUGCAGAGUGCGUGGAUGUCCUGAGAGAGGGUACAGGACCAGUGGGGCUUAAGUUCCGCCUUCUAACUGCGGGUUGUGGUCCUGGUGUGAUGGGUGAUGCGAAAGUGAGGUCCUUAGAAAGAUGCAUUUACUUUGGUGACUCCUGUCAGGAGGUGCUUGGCGCUCUGGGCUCACCACAUAAAAUAUUCUACAAGUCUGAGGACAAGAUGAAGAUCCACUCUCCAUCUCCUCACAAGCAAGUUCCUUCCAAAUGUAACGACUACUUCUUCAACUACUUCACCCUUGGAGUGGAUAUCCUUUUUGACUCAACAACUCAUCUGGUUAAGAAGUUUGUCCUCCAUACCAACUACCCAGGACAUUAUAACUUCAAUAUAUAUCAUCGGUGUGACUUUAAGAUUUCACUUGUCAUAAAAAAAGGAAGAGUUGACUUUCAGACAGAUGACUGCAUAUUGACCACUUACAGCAAGUGGGAUCAGAUUCAGGAACUGCUGGGCCACUCAAUGGAAAAACCCGUUGUGCUUCAUAGGUCCUCAUCUGCCAAUAACACCAACCCCUUUGGCUCUACUUUUUGCUUUGGACUGCAGAGGAUGAUCUUUGAGGUGAUGCAGAAUAAUCACAUAGCAUCAGUGACCCUCUAUGGGGCUCCACGAACCACCAGUCGAACCCAACUUGAAGCCAGCAGCAGCUCCCACUGAACAAGUAACCAGACCUCGCAUCUCAUUCAGGCCUCUUCUCAGUCCGCACAGAGCUGAAAUCAAGCAAGCCACAACCACAACACGGCCAUUCUUGGAUUGAAUUCAGAAACAGCAAUUGCAUUUGUUUUCCUGCUGGCUUGGAAGAAUUGUACUCGAGACUUGGUGACGUAUAGGAGCCCUUGCCUUCGAGGGACUAUCACUUUGAGACAAAGUGAUGAAAUCUGCAUUCGGGUAAAACUGGAAGAAAGGAAUUUCAGAAAGUGAAAUGCAGCUGACAGCCUGUGGGAAGCUGUCCUGCUGCUUUGGACUUGCGAAAUGCACCAUUAAAGAAAACUGUUCUGGUCAAACUCAAGACAAACUUUGACUUGAUCCUCGGAAUCAUCAUCAUCAUUAUCAACUACAAUGCCGACUGGCAGCUACCGCCUGUCUUCCUCCCUCAAAAAAACAAGACGCAAGCCAAUCCAGGAAGAGCCAUCAGAUACUGCAGAGGACAAAAGGAAGCAAAGGUGGUCGAUCCAAAUGUUAUCGAACAGUAAAAGAACCAAACAUUCAGUGGCCAAGCCAGAUGAGAAGCCUCUUAAAGCAGAUCUUCUAAAAAAAUUUGUAUUUCCCUUUUGACCCCCCACACGCCAAGAAUCCGUGUGCCCAUAAAUGAUCACAAGCUGAAUCAUCUCCUAUCAUUUCAACACAAUAAGCACACAAAAGGUCAGUUUAGUUGCCUAGUUUGUUCAAAACAAAGGUCACCGUUCCACACUUUUCUUCUCUCAGCUAGUAGACAUGCAUGCAAACACUGCAGUAACUCGACAGGCAGGUUUGGAUAAGAGUAGAAACACAAACUGGCAACCUCUUAUUUUUAGUCCUGUAUGUUAGAAGUAUUGAAAAUGCUGCAUUUUUCCCUACUCUGUGCCCUGUCUCACUCAUAGUCACUAUAUCCGUGUUGCUCUUUUAUAGCAGUAACUUUGCACGCUAGCGCACCUCUGUACUUUAUUAUAUUAGGAGUAAGCAAGUUGACAAAGGAAUGUUUUUUUUUUUGUUUCUUAUUAAAUGACCAAGCUUAGAGAACAGAUUCCCCUAUGCAUGUAUGUAUAUUGUUUGUUAACACACCUUCUGUUACUUUGUCCCCCCUUUUUGCUUUUUGUUUAUGUGUGUCACUCUACAUGCUAGUGAUGCGUGACUUUUUGUCCCUCAGCAACAUCUGCGUCCUCUUGUUCGUUGAGCUGCCAAAUGCAAACGCCAAAGACAUUUCAGGGUCAUUUUCUUCUGAUCUGCUGACAAUGUAACCUCUUGUGUCAUUGUGUCUGCCAGUCAAGAUGUGGGUUAUUUUGUUUCCUUACGUUCAUUACUAUUGCAAGCUGGUUGAGCAUUUUUUUAAUGUCCUUGAUAUCCAGGUUAAGGUCCAUGAACAAGUAUGCUUGGUUUUCUCACUAGUAAGACAUCCCAGUGCACUCGUAUAACGACUGUCUCACUACUGUUUUUUUCGACUACUAAUGCCACUUUUGGCCUAUUAGUAGUAGGGCCCAAACGAUAUGGUUUAGUCAGGCUGAUGCCGAUUCUAAUAUUUAGCUGCAUAAAAUUGUGAACAAUCUGCAAAAAUCUGCCAUUUUGUUUGUUUGAAUGUCAUUAUCUUUGUUUUAUGUUAUAAUGUGUUUUUUUGGUUUUGUUUUUUUUAACGAAAAGAUUUUUGCCAAUUUGAAAAGGGCUGAUUUUGGCUGAUUAAUCGACAUUUAAGAUCGAUAAAUGUGCAAAUGGAUUUUA